AUGCGCCGCGGGGAUAUUCAGCGAGCACUUUUCGCCGAAGAUAAGACGUUGACCUUCCAGAAAGCGGUUGACCGGGCCGUGGCUUUAGAGACAGCGAUAAAAAGCACAUUCGAGGUGCACGGGUCUGGUGGCAACAGCGACCAAGUGGAAAGCGCCAGCGUCCACAAGUUGAAAGGUGACAAGGAAGAUACUAAGAAGCGAGGGGAGAGGAAGCCGCAAGGAAGGAAGAAGUCGCUGAAAACUUUAACGGUGACUAAGGACGCCCAUGUCAACCGCAUUACAGCUCCAAAAGACCAGCCAUUGACGGUAGAAGUGCUGGUUGAGAAUUCGCCGGUGACAAUGGAAAUCGAUACCGGAGCGGCGGUAUCAGUCAUCUCAAAGCAGCAGUACCGUAAGAGGUUUGCGGCAUUGAACUUGAAGCCGACGGCGCUGCGGUUGAAGACGUACACCGGGGAAACUGUCAAGCCCUGUGGAGUUCUGGAAGUUAAAGUUUCGCAUCAAGAGGAAACAAGAGUCCUGCCAUUGUAUGUCCUGAACCAGUCAGGGCCACCACUUCUUGGCCGGGAGUGGCUACAGAGGCUGCGGUUGAACUGGAAGUCAGUGACGGGCUUCAACAAUCUUCAGAGGAGCACACAAGGGGCAAGUCCGAUGCCAGUGGACAAGUUGCAAGUAUUACUAGACAGGUAUCAGGCCAUCUUCAAGGACGAACUGGGGAAGAUCUCUGGAGUGGAGGGAAUGCCCGAGACGUUGGUUUCUGACAACGGCACACAGUUUACGUCAAACGAGUUCAAGGACUUUCUAAAACGGAUCGGAACACGUCAUGUGUUAACAGCACCGUAUCACCCCAGUAGCAACGGCCUGGCGGAGAGAUUUGUGCAAACCUUAAAAUCGGCGCUGCGCAAGGGAGUUGCCUCGGAGCCACUGCAGCAGACCUUAGGAAAGUUUUUGCAAACUUACCGAAACAUUCCACAUGCAACAACUGGGGAGGCGCCAGCAGUUUUGUUUUUGGGAAGACGCCUUCGCACUAGACUGGAUGUUCUCAAGCCAUCUGUAGAAAACAGAGUGGCCAGGCAUCAGUUCCGCCAGAUAUUGCAAAGAAGCUGCCGUACCCGAGAGUUUAAAUUAAAGGACCGGGUACGUGUGUGGAACCCCCAUCGGGGAGACAAGUGGCUAAAGGCAACUAUACUGUCAAGGAGCGGUCCUGUCUCGUACAAGCUGCGUGUGUACCGGGACCAUGACACAGUCAUCUGGCGACGCCAUCAGGAUCACAUUCGGCAGGAGGGGGACCAGGAAGUUGGAACGCCGGCGUCACAGGAGGAAGAUGGAGCUAGCUUCAUACCGCAAGCUUUAAGUACAGCAAGCCAAGCGCAGCCUCCCCCUGCCAGCCCACCUACAAGUGCCUCAACGGACCCGGGGUCGACCAGUAUUUCAAGGCCUCGAACGCCGACUCAGCGCUAUCCAACAAGAGUGCGCUGCCCUCCUGAUCGUUAUUCACCGGGGGACUGACCUAAGGGG